UCUUCACUUAGCAAAUUUUUCAAACGCCGAUUUCGCUCGCCGGAGACCCAAAAAAAAGUAAAAAAUAAAUCGGGAUUUUUGUUGAUCGAACUUUCACCGGACAUGGCUAUGCACGCCGGAGUAGGUUUAACUAAGAUCGUGUUCAUCGUUGGAGCAGGGUAUACUGGUACUUUGCUAUUCAAAAAUGGUAAAUUAUCUGAUGUGAUAGGCGAGCUUCAGAAUUUGGUCAAAAGUUAUGAAAAAACAGGGGAAUCGGAUGGUGGAGAUUCAGAUGUCAUUGCUGCACAGGUUCGUAGGUUGGCAAUGGAGGUUCGACAGUUGGCUUCGGCACGAUCAAUUACUGUUCUAAAUGGAGGUUCUAGUGGUAACUGGACAUCUCUGGUAAUGCCAGCUGCUGCAGCGGGUGCCUUAGGUUAUGGAUACAUGUGGUGGAAGGGUUUGUCAUUCUCUGAUCUUAUGUAUGUAACAAAAAAGAAUAUGGCAACUGCUGUUUCAAAUCUGACAAAACAUCUGGAGAAUGUCUCAGAGGCUCUUGCUGCUACAAAGAGGCACUUAACACAGCGAAUUGAGAACGUGGAUGGGAAAUUGGAUGAGCAAAUGGAGAUGUCAAAACUAAUAAGGAAUGAGGUUAAUGAUGUGCAUGGUGAUCUGUCCCAGAUUGGUUUUGAUUUGGAUCAAUUAAAUAGGAUGGUUUCUGGUCUGGAUGGCAAGUUACUUUCCUUGGAAGGCAAGCAGGACCUUGCAAAUGCCGGUGUUAUGUAUCUGUGCAGUAUUGUCAAUGGCAAAAGGGUGAAGAUGCCUGAGACACUGCAGGAACAACUUAAAAUUGUGGGCAACUCUACACCUGCUCUGAUGGGCCUUAAAGAACUUGCCGACUCCUUACCGGAAGUAAACAGCAACAGAUUUAUUACAGAUGGCAUUACUCAAGAUGGUAUUGAUAAAUUGAAUGAGCCACCUAGACCCCUCCUGAGGACGGCCUCUACCAAGUGUUGAUUAAAGGAAGUAUGAAAAUUCUCGUUUUGUUAUUUUAUUUUUUGGUGUUUACGACAGCACCACACCACCAUGAGUGGAACUGGGGUGGAUGUGAUUUUUGUAAUUAAUCGCAGUCACUUGGAUUGCUUUUCUGGGUUAUAAUAUAAACCUUUCCUAAGAUUUGUACAAUCUGAAAUAAGUACAUGCAAGUGAAUGGAAGAAUACUACAGUUUUACGUUCA